AUGCCACCCAAGAGGGCGCGAUCCAGUCCGUCCGUCCCGGAGACCCGUGAACGCCUGACCCUGGCGAAACUCGCCAGUUACGACGACGUCGCGACGGAUGCACUGGUCGAUCAUGCUUACUUUUGGACCAAUAUUCGCAAGAACCGCAACAAGUACACCUCCGCUCGCGGUAUCCACGACGACGAGGUGGGUGGCAUUCUCCUCCACGAUGUCGUCGUCGACAAGGACAUCCCCGGGGCCGAGCGCAAACUGUUGGAAUUGCCAGGAUUGCGGAAAUACUCGGCCAAUCUCCCUAGCCCUCGCGAGAAAGAGUGGUUUCGCCGUCAUUUGCGCAAAUACAUCCAAAUGUACCACCCGGAUUCUCCGUUCGAAGUCACCACCACCAACCGCUACCUCAUCACUCAGGCGGAGGCCGCCCUGUGCGCCCGCAAGUUCAUCAAGGCCGGCCAGGAGAUUAGAUACCUCAGUGGUACCCUCGUCUCCAUGACAAAGGAGGAAGAGACCGAUUUGGGCCUGACCCGGAAGGAUUUCAGCGUCGUCAUGUCAAGCCGUCGCAAAACCGCCUCCUUCUUCCUGGGCCCGGCCCGCUUUGCCAACCACGACUGCGACGCCAAUGGCCGUCUCGUGACUCGAGGUACUGAGGGCAUGGCUAUUAUGACCACACGUGAGAUCCACGAGGGCGAAGAGAUCACCGUCUCCUAUGGCGAAGACUACUUUGGUAUUGACAACUGUGAAUGCCUUUGCCUAACCUGUGAGCGCAUGGUCCGCAACGGCUGGGCGCAUCAUGCCGACUCCGACGCAACCAGCAAGGAGUCGACCCCCGUGUCUGUUGACGAAGCGGGCCCCGAAGAAAAUCACUCCCCAAGAAAGAAGCGCAGGCGUGACUCUGAUGUGGAUUCAGAAGAUCUACCUUCCGUCUGUUCGACCCCGCGCAAACGCGCCAAGUUCUCGCGCCAGACUUCUAAACUGCGAGAGGAGAUCUCGCUCUCCGAACUACCAUCUGCCAUUGCGGUCGGUCGACCGAUCUCGGGUCUUCGACAAGAAGUGGUUAUCUCCGAAGUAGUAGAGUCCACCCCCGAAGCCCCGUCUACGGAUGCUUUGCUCUCAUCCCUGGAGGGCCCCGAGUUGUCGGAUUUGAAGAAUCCUGACCUCGCGGGCGCUGUCAAGGCAGCUCUCGCUCCCAUCAACCCCAGUGAGACUACCGGGACACAGCCUUCUGCACUACCAGGGCAUGAAUCACCUAGUUCUGUCACUGGCGAAUCCCAUCGGUCAUCGACAUCCAGCCAGCCCACCUCAGUGGACGAUCUCACCAAGGUCGAGGGACCAAGCCUCCUUGAGACCAUAAAGGCAGAGAUCGAACUUAUACCAGAGAUCAACGAGCCCGAUCAUCUUACAGACGAUGCUUCCGAAACCGCCCCAAAACGGAAGCGCUACCAACGCAAGAAGUGGAAAGUAAUUGCUUCCGUCGAGACCGAAGCCCCCCCUAGUCCGAACUCCAGGCGACUACACCCGAACACCCAAACUGCUGGGGCAAAAAUACGACCGCUGGGUGGAGUGCCAAACAUGCGACUCGUGACCCGUCGCGAAUGUCCUCGCUGUGAGCGACACUCCAAGCUUUACGGGUACCAGUGGCCGCAGACGGACAAAGGACCCGAUGGCGAAGAGCGUGUCAUGGACCACCGCACCAUCCACCGCUUCCUCUCGAACGAGGAGGCGAGUACCGCCCGAAAAGACCAGCGUCGUGGUCUCAGUUUCGGUAUCACGCCUACACCCGAGCUCUCGGAUCGCACUGAGACGGAAAAUAACGACCCGCCUGGUUCGGGUUCAGGGUCUCGUCGUAGUACGAGGGCUAAUCGUCACCGGACUCGGGAACUUCGCAUGACUAUGUGA